GCCCCCUGGGAGGGUGACGACAUUUGUUUCAAGUUGGGGAAGGGCCUGUGGUUCUCUUCCUGCCUUGGGGGGAAAGCGAACACACAAUGUUCAUUUCCUAAAUACGGGAUGUGCUGUGUCGCCAGGUCAUUUUCCACCAGGCCACAUCCUUCGGGAUGAGGGCAGCAGGGGUCAGGGCCGGAAAUGGCAAAUUCUCAGAAUGAGACCAGGCUUUCCCAGGCCAGCCAUUGGUUCUCCGGGACUAUAAAGCAGGCCCAUCCAGAAACAGCCGCUGGUGUUUCUCUCUUGAAGGCAGCCAGAAGAGAAUGGGCACGGAGCCGUCCCCCGCCCGGGGGCCGCCGGGCUCCGACGCGCUGCGGCGCCUCCAGGGGCUGCUGCUGGACCGGCGCGGGCUGCUGCAUGCGCAUCUGCUGCGCCUGCGCACCUUGGCCCGGAGGCUCGCGCGCCAGCGCCGCCGCUCCUUGGCUGCGCACGUGGCCGGCAGCUCGCUGAGCGCGGCGGGCGCCGUCGCCGCUGUCGUGGGGCUGGCGCUCAGCCCGGUCACCCUGGGGGCCUCGCUGGUGGCGUCGGCCGUGGGGCUGGGGGUGGCCACCGCCGGAGGAGCCGUCACCAUCACGUCCGACCUCUCCCUCGUCCUCUGCAACUCCCGGGAGGCGCGGCGGGUGCAGGAGAUCGCGGCCGCCUGCCAGGAACAGAUGCGCGACCUCCUGAGCUGCCUCGAGCUCUUCUGCCGCUGGCAGGGCCGCGGGGACGCCCGGCUGCUGCAGAGCGGGAGGAGCGCAUGCAUGGCCCUGUACAGCUCUGUCUACUUCAUCGUCUUCCUCGGCUCCCGCGGCUUCCUCAUCCCCAGGCGCGCCGAGGGGGCCACCGAGGUUAGUCAGGCCCUGCUGAAGGCCAACGUUCAGAAACUGGCUGAGACCCUGGAGUCCUGCACCGGGGCCCUGGACGAGCUCAGCGAGCAGCUGGAGUCCUGGGUCCAGCUCUGCACCAAGUCCAGCCGCGGCCACGACCCCGGGGUCCCUGCUGACCAGCGCGCAGGGUUGUUUUCCUGAGAACAUCCUUUCCUCCCGUGACCACGGCCAGAAACCAUCCUCACGGGAUGCCCCAGAUUUGUAGCUCUCUCGGGACAACAUCAAGUUCGGUGCGGAACUGAGUGCAAAGGAUGAGAAAAGCCGCGCUCGGAGUGGAUGAGUCCUCAUGGCCCUUCUUCCUCGACGUCCUGCUAUCCUGCCUGGACUUGAGGGCCAGACACUGUGACUUGUUGCUCCUGGCGGAGUGUGUGACCUGAAAUCUUUGUCCUAUGUCAAAAACCUGCUUGGCUUCACACAGUAGGGCAGCUGCUGGUGUUUUUAAAUUAUUUUGGGGUCCCUGCCCCUGUCCUGAUGGUUUGAGCUGAGGCUGGAGGGGUGGCACCCACUUUGUCCUCUAGGUUCACUUUGUCCCGCUGGGCUUUGAGGUCCUCAGAGUGCCCCUGGGAAGACCCACUUGUCGUAACACCUUUCUCCUGGAGUUUCUGAUACUAAGAACUUUGGAUUCCAGAGCAAAACAGACACUCUGAACUUGUUAUUAUUAUUUUUUGGUACCGGAGAUCGAACUUGGGAUCUUGGGCUUGCGAGGCAGGCGGCAGAACCACUGAGCUAAAUCCCUGGCCCUCUCUGCACUUUGUAGGAGGGUUCGGGACCCAGUGCAGGCCCAGGCUGACGUGACCUCCCCUUCCUGUCCCCUGAGCUCACCCACUCACAGCCAGCCUGGGUGUGGUGUGGCUUCAAUCCAGCCCUCUAGGUACCCUGAGAAAAGUCACCCGAGUAGUCGUCUAAGUCCUGCUCCUUUGCAUAAAGAAGCCGAGACCAAGAGUGAUGUCAGUUACUGACAUCUCAGUGUAGAGAAGGGAGCAGUGGCUUCUGAGUUACACGGUCCUGGGUUUAUCAGCGGCCAUGCCACCACUGUGUGACUUGGCCACCGGAUCUCUGAGGCUGGCUUCUUGUUCUGUAAAACACGAUAAAACCUUAGCUUGCUGUGAGAUACUGAGACAGAGUUCCUAACACAGUGCCUGGCUCACGUCUGGCUCCCGGAUGGCUCAUUAACAUCACUAGGGAGUUUUUUAGAAAGGCAGAUUUUGGGACUCAGCCCUGGAUUUAUAGAAUCAGAAACUUUGGAUGUGGGGCCCAGCAGCUUAUGUUUAAACAAACCCUCCAGGUGACUCCGAUGCACACUGAGGUUUGAAAACCACUUGCAACAAAUGUUCAUUUCUGAUUCCCUCAAUAAGCUUCGUCAGUGGGGGCUCCAGAGUCUUGAGAAUCAUUCACAGAAGGUCGGGGACAGACUGUCCCAGAUGCAUAAGAAAGAAAGUAGGAGGGUUCUUGUGCUGUAGCCAAUGAGUCCUGAGGUCAUUUCUGACCGUGUGGGAACUAAGAGAUGUAACACAGUACGUCCUAUAGAGGGCAGUGUUGCCCACUCGUGGAAACUGGUACAGAAACAAAUGUGAAUUUACCAGAAACCGAUCUUUCUGUUACCUUCCCCGAGAACUCCAGACAACCUAUUUUAAAAAAUUUAUUCUAAGUUUUUAAUUUAAUCACUAUUAUUUGAAUUUAAUUUUAUUUAAUCACAUUUAGGAAAUAAUAAGGCUAGCAUGUUUCUGAAUAGGAGACUGAUGAGGCUCUUUUUAAGAGAUGAGGUUGAGUUUGAUUUUCUAAAGAGUCUUUGUCCUUCAGAGGGCACUUUUUCUCUAGUGUUUUAAAUGAUCUUUUUAGGUAAGUGUGAGAGAUCUGCACAGAGAGACCAGGAGCUGACUUUAAGUUUGUAAAUUGAGACUUGACUUGUGGGAUAUAGAAAUGAGGCAGCAUAUUUAUCCUGAAGGUAACACUUCACCUGGGAAGAGAACCUACUUAGUUCAGGAAAAGAAAAAUAAGAGGUGCACGAAAGGAACUCAUAGACCUUGGGAAUCUGAGGACCUGUGAAGUCAUGUCUCAUGGUUGACAGACAAAAUAGCUUGUGUCAUGGCAGUGAGGUGUCACUUUACAGACCCUACAAAACCUGUCAGCUCCAUGUAGGAAAAUACUUAGAAUUUCCUCACUUUCCAUUUCCAAUUAUGUUGAAAAAUCGGUUGGAAAGUCUUUGGAACCACAUACACAAGCCCUGUCCCCAUUACUGAAUUACUUCACAUGCUGUGUACAUUUGCCAUGUCAGCCCCACACUUGCCAAUGGUCGCUGUGUGUCUGAGGAAGUUUGAUUUUAGCACUGGGGCAAGGGUGGUGUUUCUAUAUUCUUACUUUUUCCAUAAAUAGCAAUUUGUCUGUUUCCUGGUUUAUUUUAAGACUGACGUUGCCUUCUUUUAAAACUGGUGUUAUUCCGGACCACUUUGCACAGAUAAAGUGAGAAGAGCCUUCUGCACUGAGAAGUACCCGAACGUGUUAUGGCAGAAACGUAACCAUUCCCUAACCCCAUCAUUUAUUAAUACUUAAGAUUGAGUUAUCUUUUUCCAAUGCUUGCAUUGUUGCAGCAGCAACAAUGGAAAACUUUUUCUGUCCCUUGAGUAUUUUGAGUCUAGAGUGUCUACUUUGGAAACCAUAGUUGCAUGUAGUAGAAGUUCAAUAAAUGCAUUUGAGUAAUUUAAUUAAUGGCUUGAAUAUUCAUAAGAAUUUGUUGAUAAUGAAAGAUCAUCCAUCCUCUCAUGUGUCUGUGGUAAAGUGAAGCCUCUACCAGGAUUUAGUCAAGUUCAGUUAAGUUGGUAUUACUUUCUUUCAUGGGAAUGCAAAUGAGGCUUUUUCUUAAGGCCUUCAUUUUAAAAAACGAACAGGCUGAAAUGGUAUGUUGCAAAGGGAGAAGGGAGAGGGGGCAUUUAGAUUAUAAGUGUACUUUACAAAAAUGUCAGGGUUUUAAAAAUACACAUGUUCAUACUAAACGUUGAAGUACUUCUCUGUUUCUUGGGCUUAUAGUCAUUUGGCUUAUUUUGUUUCACAAUAAAGGGGACUCAUUUAUUUCUGCAUUUCAAAGGUUCAAUAAAACUACAUCCUGCUCCAUUAGAAAAUAAUCCUUAGCAAACAUUCUGUUUUGAUGCACUUGCUGUGAGACACCUGUCAUUUCCAAUAUGAUAAAUGUCAAAGCCGAAAGUAUUUACUGGGAGAAAAAAAGAGAGGAGUGGUGUAGAAACCACUCUAGAUCAGAUAUGUCAAACAAUCGGCCAACUUGAUACAUUUCUCAUUCAAUAGCUUGCUGUGAAAAGAAAGUAGAGGAAAUUGAGAGGUUGAGAUAAAGACGUGCAGAGUUAAGUGGGGAUAAAGUUAAAAGUAGGAACUUUUGAAUUCAUUUUUUUCCCACUGUGGCAAAAUUGCUCCUUUUCCUUUAUUGAAGUAAAAUGCUCAUGUUUCAAACCUUA